AGUUUUGCCAAGUUUCACCAGCCGAUCUAAAGGUGAAAUCAGGUUCAGAAGAAAAAUCUGGUUAAUUAAAUUAAUUGCAGUGUUUAAUUGAUUUUUUUCGUUCGGUUCAUUGUGUCACCCGAGUAAAAUGUUUGUCCGAUUUGCUUUUGCCUCCGGCUCAGCGCUAGCUAAGGCAUCUAAAACUGGAUUGAGUCAACAGACAUUCAACAGCAUUAGAGGCUUGACUACUAAAACUAUUGGUGUUUUUGGUAAUGAGCUCAAGGAGGUCGAUGUUGAAAGUGAAGUCACUCCAUUUAAAUCUCAUCUCACUCCUAGUACUCAGGAAAAGAUUUACCCCACAGUUUUGGACAAUUACGAGGAUAUUCCAGUUAUUGUUGACGGCAGAGAAGUUAGAGUAACUCGCGAUGAUUGCUGUCCUGCAUACCCUCUAAUACCUAACUUAGCACCUCCUAAUGCAAAGCCUGGUGAGACUGUAAAAGAAAUUCCAAAAGGUGUCAACAUGGCUGAAAUUCUGGGAGUCAAUUUCGCUGAAAAUAUGCCAACUAUUGAUGAUGACAAAAAUCCGCAGCGUGAUUUGGUAAAUUUCCCUGCAGAUUAUCAAAAAUUACAAGUUGAGGCUCCAGUUUACAGAAUGUUUUUCUUCCCAUCUUGGUGGUUUGAUCCAUUCUAUAACAAAACUGGAGUAACUGGACCUUACAUUGCCGUCACUGGUAUCACUAUGGCUGCUCUUUCUAAGGAAUGGCUUGUGCUUGACCACAGUGUUCCUGGUGGUAUCGCUUUUUGGAUCAUUCUCUUCCAAGCUUUGCAAAAAUUCGGUCCUAAGCUUAAAGAUCACUCUAUUGCUGCAUUCUUGAAAACCAUGCGUGGAUGGGCUGAUUGGAAAGAUGGAUCAGUCAAAUUACUCAACAAUAUAAUCGAGUUUAACAACAAGGAAAUCCAAGUCGGUAAAGAUCCCAGCCCACUUUUCAAUGUUUAUCGUGAAAAUGUUCAUCUCCAGAGGGAAGCUGAAUAUCGAAAACAAUUAAUGGCUGUAUACAAGGAAGCAAAACGAAAGUUGGACUUGCAAGCUGCUUUAGAUGAGGGCAAGAAACAAUUCGCUAGACGAUACAUGGUCAAUUGGAUCAUAGAAAAUGUCAACAAGAGUAUAACACCUGAGAAAGAGAAGAAUAUCUUAGACCAAUGUAUUGUUGAUUUGAAAAAUUUAUCCGUUAAGCGAGCAAACUUCAUCUAGAUUGGCUUUUCUAGCAUGAAUGAUGAAGAGGAGGCUACUGUCGUUUUAAUUUGUAAAAUAUCAAAUAAUAGGUUCUUUGGAGAGAAUCCACAUUAAAAUCAUUAAGAUGUUA